AUGUUUACUUCAUCGUCUCGUCCACAAAGGCAACCGGUCACGGAAUACGCUGUGGAGAUCGACGCCGUACCAAUCGAGCGAUGGCGCCAAAGUGCAACAGGAGUGCCUUUCGUUCGCAGUUUCAACUCCGGGAAACCUGGCCCCCAUGUACUCAUCACUGCUCUCACUCACGGGAACGAGAUCGCCGGGGCUGUUGCACUCGAUAGGCUGCUCGGCAGCGGACUGCAUCCAACCAAGGGACGACUUUCACUCGCCUUCGCGAACGUGGACGCAUACUCGAAGUUCAGUGCCAACGAUCCCCGGGCUAGUCGCUGGGUGGACGAAGAUAUGAACAGAGUAUGGUCGCCAGAAAUUCUGCAUUCCCAGCCAGCACGCAGCCGUGAUGCCGCUCGCGCAGCAGAGCUUGAGCCUAUUGUGGCGGAUGCAGACUAUCUCCUGGAUCUUCAUACUACACAGCAUCACAACGAGCCACUCGUCUUGGCGGGGCCACUUGAGCGCAGUCGAAUAUUGGCGAUGACGAUGGGUUUGGCAAACUUGGUUGUGGUCGACAAAGGCCAUGCACAAGGACCACGCAUGAGGGAUUAUGGCGGGGUUGGGGAUCCUUCACGAACGAAUACCGCCCUCCUUAUCGAAGCAGGCCAACCCUGGGCUGCCUCUAGUGUUGAAACUGCGUAUGCCGCCUGCAUCAGGUUUCUGUGCCGGCUGGAAUUACUGCCUGAAGACGCCGGUCUUCAAGAUACCACACGUCUACCACAGUCAGCUCAGCGCAUUGUCGAAAUAGCCAUGCCAGUAACUAUCAAGCACGAAUUCACCUUCGCCAUGCCACUUAGAGGCGGCGAAGUCUUACCGAAAGCUGGCACGGUCAUCGGACACCACGGAGAGGAACCUGUGCGAACACCGUAUGAUGAUUGUGUUGUCAUUAUGCCAUCUCAGCGACUCUGGUCUGGAUUAACCGCAGUUCGGCUCGGACGAGAUAUAUCGGCUACAUUAGUAGCGCCAGUAUAUACUUAG